AUGGCCGCGAAGUUAUUCCCUACUAUAAACCUCAGCCCAGCAAUCGCGACGAUGGCUCUGGGCAGCGCCUCAGCUGGUCACUCUCUUCUAGAGAAGAUUAGAAUCGCUGCAUUGCACUCUUUCAAAGGUGUUGAAGUCUAUUUUGGGUGUCUUGAAGCGCAUGCUUAUGUCACAGCCGGAGUUGUAGAUCAUCAGAGCUUACUUCAAGCCGCCGUGGAGACCAAGGAAGUUUGCGAUCAGAACGGGAUUUUUGUUGUUUGCCUCCAGCCGUUUCUGUUUUUUGAUGGUCUUACAUCUGAUAGUGCACGAAUUGAUGCGUUUAAGAGACUCAGACUAUGGUUCAAUAUCUCCCACGCAUUAGGUACUGAUCUCAUCCAGAUACCAACCAAUUUUCAGCAACAUGACACAACUGGAGACCUAGGCCGCAUUGUGGAGGACCUCAAAGAAGCUGCAGCCCUUGGACUAAAGGAAAGUCCCCCCAUACGAUUAGCUUACGAGGGAGUCUCAUGGGGGACACAUAUAGACACGUGGGAAACCACCUGGGAGGUAGUCAAGAGGGUAAACAUGUCCAACCUUGGCAUUUGUAUCGACACGUUCCAUAUCGCUGCAAGGGUCUGGGGAGAUCCAACUUCAGCCUUUGGAUGCCUUAAAAAUGGAGAGGCUGGCCUCACAGCUACACUGGAAAGGAUGAUACAAGAGCUUAAUCCUCAAAAGAUUUUUUACAUCCAGAUUGGAGAUGCAGAGAAAUUAUCCCCGCCUCUUGGUCCGGGACAUGAGUUCUGGGAUGAAAAAAUGCCACCCAGGAUGAGCUGGUCAAGGAAUUCCCGAUUAUUCCCAUUUGAGAACCAGGGAUAUCUCCCGAUCGGCAGGAUUCUUGCUAUUCUGGUCCAGCACAUUGGUUAUUGUGGCUGGGCAAGCAUGGAGAUAUUCAACAGGAAACUUUUUGGUGGAGACCCAGCUAUCCCAGAGCAAUAUGCCCGGAGAGCUAAACAGUCAUGGGCCCUUACUAUACGAUUCUUGGAGAAAGAACACGAGAAUGAUAGAGCGAGGCAAGCUGUCACUGCGUUGUAA